ACCGCGGCACGCGAACCCACCACCCACUGCGGCACGGCCGGCGUUCCCACAGGCACCGAACCGCGGGCGCGCUCCGCGACGACGGCACCACCCCCGACGCGACUUCGGUCAGGCGGUCGACACGCGGUGGACGAAACCGUAGCGAUCACGGGUGCCGGCGGGCUCGAUUCUGCAUUUGUUUACAUUGAGGAUCCAGCCGGUGUGAAGGCUCACGAUAUACACAGACGAUAAGACUGGUGUUUUAAAGUGUCAUUAAGCGUAAUUUUUUUUUUUUUCAUUUGACCCUGCGUCACGCGAAGUUGCGCAGUUGUGUUUGCUAACGACCUUCACUCUGAGAAGUAAUGUUUUUGUGCUAAUUUAGGCUACCAGUUCCCUCAGUAUCGCCAUUCAUCUGAGAGUGAUUGGCGACGUGCCAGUAGGAAAGGAAAUUAGCUGGUGUUGUACAGCUGUGUUGUCUUUCCGAGUUCUUUUUGUCGUUGCGAGACGAGAUCAGCCGGGCGGAAGUGAUCUGCGCAAGAGGCGGUGACCGGAACAUGAAGCUGUGCGCUGUCGGCGCCUGAAAUGCAGCCACAGCAGAGCACGUCCAACAUGAGGAACAGCCACCACCACAACCACCACCAUGCCAACGGACAUCUCAAGACCAACGGACACAUCCCGAAUGGCGGUGCAGCGGCCAACCGGCUGUGGACGAAUGGAUACGUGUCGCGGCCCGACGACAAGCAGUCGACGCUCUCGAGGUACUGGACGGCGGAGCGGCCGCGCGCCGGCUCGUCGGGCAGCCACAGCUACGCGGCGGCGCGCAGGGCGUGCCGGGAGCGCGGCGUGCUCUUCGAAGACGCCGACUUCCCGGCCACGGCGCGCUCCAUCUCGCCCAGCAAGAAGACCGCGCCGCACCCCAUCGUCUGGCUGCGGCCCACGGAGAUGUGCCAGCGGCCGCGCUUCGUGAGCGACGCGGAGGCGGGCGAGGGCGGGCGGCUGCGCGUGGAGGCGGGCGAGCGCGGCGACCCGCCGCUGCUGGCCGCCGUGGCCGCGCUGUCGCUGACGCCGCGCCUGCUGCAGCGCGUCGCGCCCCACGACCAGGGCUUCGACGCCGCCAGCGGAUACUGCGGCCUCUUCAGGUUCCGGCUGUGGCACUUCGGCGAGUGGCGGGAGGUGCUGGUGGACGACCGGCUGCCCACGUUCCGCGGCCGGCUGGUCUUCAUGCACUCCUCCAACCCCACCGAGUUCUGGGCCGCGCUCCUCGAGAAGGCCUACGCCAAGCUGUACGGCAGCUACGAGAGCCUGCAGCAGGGCAGCGCGACGCGGGCGCUGCAGGACCUGACCGGCGGCAUCGUGCAGAGCUUCGCGCUCUGCUCGCAGGACCGCUACCUCACCUUCCAGGUGCUCAACAGCGCCGUGCCGCGCUCCAGCCUGCUCGUCGCCAGCAUCAACCCCGAGAAGGAGAGCCGGCGGCAGCUGCGGCUGCGCAACGGGCUGGUGACGCAGCACGCGUACAGCGUGACGGGGCUGGCGCGGGUGCGCGGCCCGCUCGGCGAGACGCCGCUGGUGCGCCUGCGCAACCCGUGGGGGCGCGGCGAGUGGACGGGGCCCUGGAGCGAGCGCUCCUGGGAGUGGGACGGCCUCUCCGAGCGCGACAAGGAGCUGCUCUCCGUGCGCGUGCGCAACGACGGCGAGUUCUGGAUGUCGUUCGAGGACUUCGCGCGGCACUUCACGCACCUGGACCUGGUGCACAUCGGGCCGGACGACUGGAUGAGCGAGCCGGCGCUGCACUCGAAGCAGCCGUGGCGCGCCGUGCUGGCGCGCAGGCGCUGGCGGCCCGGAUACAACGCCGGCGGCGGGCCGCACUUCGCCGAGACGACAGCGACGAACCCGCAGUUCCACGUGCAAAUCCCGCGCACGUCGGCCAGCAAGUGCCACGUGGUGGUGUCGGUGACGCAGGCGUACGAGACGCAGCCGCCGGACGGCAAGAAGCGGCGGCCGCUCUACGCCAUCGGCUUCGCCGUCUACGAGGUGCCGCCCGCCACCGCCCGCCUCACACAGCACUUCGUCGCCGAGCACAAGCCGCUGGACGUGACGAACCACUCGGUGGCCCGUGAGGUGGUGACGUUCUUCACGCUGCCUCCGGGGGACUACAUCGUCGUCCCACAGACCAACGUGCCCAACUGCGACGGCAAGUUUCUCCUUAGGAUAUUCACCGACGAGCAGAGCAAUAUCUGGGAAGUGAAUGACGACAAUAUGGUGUUCCGGAACAUAUCAACAGAAUUCCUUGAUGAUGCAGUAGUGCUGCCUGAUGGGAAGAAUAUGGUGUCAAAGCUGUUGCUUAAGUAUCCUCCUGAAGUAGAUGCUUCACAGUUACAGAAAAUUUUGAAAGCCCAUUGGAAAGCUUACUUGUCAGAAAAACCUAGUCUGGAAUUAUGUAAAAGCUUAAUCAUGUUAAGAGAUUCUAAUAUUAGUGGACGUAUUAAUCUCCUGGAUAUACCUGUGCUGAUGCACAUGCUACAGUUCUGGAGGAUAGCUUUCCAGAAGUUUGACAAGGGUCACAAUAGUAAGACUAGCAGUUAUAACCUGAGACCCCUUUUGUGGGAAGCUGGAAGCACUGCAAGUAAUAAAGUGCUUGAAUGUCUUGUGCUGAGAUUUGCCAAAAAUAGGGUACUAACAUCAGAAUGUUUUAUUAUGGCAAUGGUUCGGCUCCAUCUUGCACAUGAAAGGUAUCACAGCUUAGAUACAAAAAUGAAGGGCAACCCAAUUUCACUGGAAGAGAUGAUACUGAUGACAAUCUACUCUUGACACUGGUGACAUCAGAUGCGAUAAUCAAAACAGUAUACCAAUUAUAGCCAUUAAACCAAAGAAAAUGUAAAGUAUUGUCAAAAUUAUGUAAUAUAUUGAAUAUAUUGUUGAUGUAAAUACCAUGUAAAUUACAAUUAAAUUAUAUAAUAAUUUUAUUUUGCAAAAUAGUAUAUUUUUAUAGCUCUUCUUCAUCUGAGAAAGUAUCUGUACCUAGUCAACAAAAAACAUGUACAAAUUAUUUGUUGAGAAGAUCUAGUUACUAUUAAUGCAGUCAAACUGUUGCAGUAUGCCUAAAACUUUUAGAUACUGGAAAUACAUCUUCUUUAGAGCUACAUUAAUACAUCAGAUAAUUAUACAAAAAGGGUCAUAAAACCCAUGCGAGUAUUGUUUCAUCUCUGUUUUGCUUUAGUUAUGUGAUCAGUUAUGAACAAAUGAAUGAAUUGUAGCAAUGUAAUUUACUCUGUAAAAGAAGAAAGAACAUAUAGCUUGUAGUUGUGGUGACAAAUAUGUCCCCAUUUGAACUUUCAAAAUUUUGCACUACUAGAGACAAAAGGCAGGAAAUGCUACAUCCCAGCUGCAAAGAAAAAGGAAUGCAUAACCAGUUUAUGGAAAAACAAAUCUGUAAUAUAAAUAAAUAACAUCACACACUAACAACUUGUAUGGGAACUUACUUUCCCUUGUGACUUUAGAGUCAGAAGUGAUGUUUUUGCUUCUUUCAAAGUGAAUUGUAUGGAAUCAUAUGCAUUUCAAAUAUGUUAUGAAAUAUUUUACUAAAGUUAUCUUUAUCAUGAAAUGAAAUCCUUAUUGACAGUUAGAGCAAAUGUGUUAUUCCCUGGUUUUUAAUCUCAAUUUGUGAUUUCUGAAAAAAAUUCUUUUUAAAAGCUCUACAUGAAAUUAAUAGCCAAUGAAAAUAUUUUACAUAAGCGGAUCUCAUUAAAUUUAUUUCAAAUGAGUUCUUCUUCAGAGUUGACAGGAAAAAUGUUGACAGCAUUUGUAUCAGAAAUGCCACUGUUCUACAAAAACACACGAAGUGUAUUUGAGGUGAUCAUGGCAUUUCUUUGAUUAAUCAAAGAUUCAGUCACAGGCAACAGAGCUGCCUUUGACUAAUAUAUGAAUGAGCUGGAUAAACAGCUGAUACCGUUCAGUGAACUGGCUCAAAUGUCUUAUAAUUAUUCAUGCAAGUUUACAAAAUCCCAAGAUGAGCAGAAAACAAAUGAAAAUACAGUAUACCUCAGAGGAAUGUAGGACUGAUUCAUGCAGUGUGCAGUAUCUAAUUUUAUGAGAAGGCUUAAGUUGAAUUUAGAGAAGUACUGUUAUGUUUCUAUGUAAAGAUCAUGUUAAUGUAUUCACAGUGUUCAAAUAUUUUGAUACAUAUGAUUUUUGUCAUAUGUAAUGUUCACUAGAGUGGUCAUAUUUCAGUCACAGUGAAUUCUGUUACUACAAAGCAUUUAGUGAGAUUAUGAAAAUUGUCUCAGGCCCAAAAAUUAAUGAGAUUUGUUACAUGUUAAAAUAUGUUUAAUAAAGUUACAAUAAAUAUCCUUAUAAUCUGAA